AUGCCCCGCAGCGCACCAGCGAGACACCCGUUUCUCAUUCGGGGAGGCAGAAUUCGACUCCGCAACCCUCAGCCGAACUACGCCAUCACUAGCCUCAAGUCUGCAGAAUACUGGGGGAAUUGCUCGGCUGCAAACUGCUACAGUGUGGGCGUCUGGCCCGGCGGGCAGAAGCAGCUGAGGUGCGAGGUCGAGGGUGAAGAGAGUUUGUCUGUAUUCUCAUUUGCGGCGACGCAUCCCAAGCAUUACCGCUGCGAGCAGGUCACGGUGCGCCUCGAAUCCCUCUUCGAAAGCGACUCCGUUGUCGACUUAACGGCUCUUGGCGUCGACGACCUUUGCCACAUCGUUGUUCCUCCAUUGGGCAUCAAGACAAUCAGGGUGAUGCAAGAGCGCGGCCUGCCAUUUGCCGACACAUGUCACACCGCAGAGAUUGGAGUGUUGGUGGGAGCAGACUACUAUUGGAAGGUAGUCACCGGUAAUGUCGAAAGCCUCGCUACCGACCUCAUAGCCGUUGAAACCAUCUUCGGAUGGAUUGUACAGAACGUCGGGGGUCCCGUCCGUGGAACGAUAUCAUCGUUGGUGUCAGUCUUCUUCCUCGCACACGAAGAUCAGGAUCACUUCGAGAGUAUUGACCCGUCAGAGAUGUGGCGUCUGGACGCCCUCGGUAUUGCCGACCACGUUGCCGGCGACGACGACUCCGUCGCCUCACUUUGCUUCUCAAGUCAAGUAGAAAAGCGUAAUAGCCGCUAUGUGGUUCCACUUAUGGUUAAGGGCUCUGGACUUCCAGCCGAAGCAAACAACCGGGUAACGGCGGCGCAGCGGCUGGUCGCGCAGUUUCGGCGUUUUCGUACUUCCCCGCAGCUACUUCUCAAUUACGAUUCCGUCAUUCGGGAAUACUUUGACGAGGGUCAUGCCGAACGGGUUGCUGAUGUUUCGAUCGAAACCGACAACGUGUACUACAUGCCCCAUCACGCCGUGAUCCGGAAAGACGCCGUAACAACGAAGCUCCGCGUCGUCUUCGAUGCCUCGUCUCACUGCCCCGGCCAACCGUCUCUAAACAGUCUCCUCAUGAAAGGACCCAAGCUGAACGCCGACCUCAUACAUCUAUUACUAGUGUUUCGCUGCAGCACCGUCGUCCUCACGGCAGAUAUAAGAAAGGCGUAUCUACAAAUCAGUAGUAUUCGAACAGAUGAUAGAGAUCUCCUCCGCUUCCUAUGGGUGCAGGACGUCGCCGCCCAUGAGAGCCCGCAGAUUGAGGAGUGGCGCAUGACCAGGGUCCCCUUCGGCGCCACAUCCAGCCCUUUCUUGCUGGCGGCAACGUUACAGCAUCAUCUCGCUUCCGUGGCCUCUCGAUACCCGAUGACUGUUCCACGGCUUUGUACAGGGUUCUACGUCGACGAUUUGGUUGUGGGAUGCACGUCAGAACCAGACGCCCUUCAAGUGUAUGGCGACACCAUUGACAUACUCCAGGAAGCCGGUAUGGAUAUACGGAAAUGGACUUCAAAUUCAUCCGCACUUCGCGAGCGGUUUCUGUCGGACGAGGUUUCCUACGACAACGCAUCCGAUGGCAACGCAAUGAUCAAGGUGCUGGGCUUGUUGUGGGACCGGGACACAGAUAGUCUCACCUUUUCGGUCAAACGAGCACUCACGUUGUCUGCGUCCCAUCCUCCUACGAAACGUACGGUGCUCAAGACAUUCUCCCUCAUCUAUGACCCGCUCGGCUAUCUCGCACCCUUCAUCGUAACCGUCAAGCUCCUGUUUCAAAAUAGCAAGGCCCUGCUUGAUGUGCAUUGCUUCGCCGACGCUAGUCCCAAGGCCUACGGCACAACAGUAUACGUUCGCAGCCGCCCCAAUAACGGCACGACUUCUACGCGGUUGCUUUUAGCGAGAGCCCGUCUAGCUCCAUUGAAAGAACUCUCGUUGCCGCGUCUGGAACUGCUGGCAUGCCUGCUGUCCACGCGUCUUUAUCGCCAUAUCUCGACGGUAGAAGCCUUAAAGGUUGCCCCCAUUCACUUCUGGACGGAUUCGAGCAUCGCGCUCCAAUGGAUUCAGUGCGACACGAACACUCGCCCCUCCUUUGUCAAGUCGAUGGUGGCAAAAAUCUUAUCGUCUUCACGACCGGAACAAUGGCGGCACUGCAACGGACGCGACAACCCCGCAGACCUAGUGACCUGCGGCAUCUCCGCCAGGUGCCUACGGAACAGCCCGCUGUGGUGGAGUGGUCCUCCCUGGCUGUCCGCAGGCGAUAUCAGCCCUCCUACAAUUCCAGACCCAAAUGUCAACGACACCUGCACGACGGUGAGCGCUGCACCGGAAGCUCCCGAUACCGAAGUGGUCGUUCAUCCAGUGUCGGCCACGCAGAACUGGAUGGACCUCUCAGCUUACAGCACCCUCUCUCGACUUCUCCGAGUUACGGCUUGGUGCGCUAGGUUCGUCCGCAACAGUAGGCCCCGCCAACCGUGUACAACGGGUCCACUUACGUCCGAAGAGCUUCGACACGCCGAAACCAUAUGGGUCUCACAUGUCCAAACCAAAGCCUUUCGGGACGACAUCUUGGCGCUCAGACACGGCAGCGUUGCUGCGACAUCUUCGUCGGUACGUGUUUUCCAGCCAUUUCUCGACGCCUCCGGAAUACUGCGCGUCGGCGGUCGUCUUCACCAACUUCAAGAUUCGUACCAGAUCAAGCAUCCCAUCCUCCUACCGCCUAAGCAUCGAUUCACGGAGCUCAUCAUACUCGACGCCCACCAGCGCUUGCUACACGCCGGCGUGCAAGACACCAUCGCCGAGGUCUGA